GCUGGCGCUGGAGGCAGACUUGGGUUGGUAGUCAGUUGCUGUCGCCUAGACGUCCGCCUGGAGCAGAUGGAGGCAGCCUGCGGCCGCUAGCGGGAGGCCAGCAGCUGAAAGGCCAGGGCGACUCUGGGACCUCCGCAGCUGCCACCAGUGGGGCAAGACGACCGGGCUUUAAGAGCGAGAGUAUUAGCACCCACCCAUACCUCUGCUCUUUGAUUUUAUUAUGCUGCUGUAUGAAAGGUUGAAAGACUUCUCAUCUUCUGCUUUUGAAUUCUGACUUCUUCAUGCUCAGGCAUCAUAUUAAUAUUCUUGAAGUUUUGUCUAUAGAUGGCGUUUAAUGAUUGCUUUAGUUUGAAGUAUCCUGGCAACCCCCGGCCAGGGGACUUGAUUGAAGUGUUUCGUCCUGGCUAUCAGCACUGGGCCUUGUACUUGGGUGAUGGCUACGUCAUCAACGUAGCACCUCUAGAGGAUGGCAUUCCUGCAUCAUUUACAAGCGCCAAGUCUGUCUUCAGUAGGAAGGCCCUGGUGAAGAUGCAGCUGUUGAAGGAUGUUGUGGGAAAUGACACAUAUAGAAUAAACAAUAAAUAUGAUGAAGCAUACUCCCCUCUCCCCACGGAAGAAGUCAUGCAACGGUCAGAGUUUGUUAUUGGACAGGAGGUGGAAUACGACGUACUGGUCAACAACUGUGAGCAUUUUGUGACUUUGCUUCGCUAUGGAGAAGGAGUUUCAGAGCAGGCCAACAGAGCAAUAAGCACCAUUGGGUUUGUGACAGCCGCCGCCAGUGCCUUCUCAUUCCUGGGCUUGUUCUCAAAGAGACAAAAAGCGAAAUACUGUUAACAGUUUACUGAAGAGGUAUUGGAACUGAAGGAAUUUGUGAGGAGGGGAAAAGGAAAACCUGGGAGGAAUGCUUAUUUUCAAUGUAUCAUUAUUGUUUCAAACCCCAAUGAUGGAUGGCGAGUUCUUUAAUACUUUAAUAAAUUGCUUAGUGGUAUUAUCUCAUCACUGAGCCAAGGAAAUUCUGCUCCCUGCUAGCGUAGAUUUUCUGUGGCAGCCUGAACAAGAAGCAGUAGCCUUUAGAGUGAGCCAGCAGAGGAUCUUAACAAAAUCACAUUACCUUAUCUUUUACUAUAAAUAUUAUUUUCCUUUUCCCUGAGGGUGGCUAUUUUGUAUUUGCCAGAGGGAAGAAGAGAAGAUUAUAUGUGAUUUUGAAAAAAAAAAGAUAAGAGCUCCAAAUGGUUAGGGUUGACAUCUAAAUUCAUACUCCUGGCCAGCAAAGAAAUUGGGAAAUUCGGCAUUUGGUUAGGCAGUUUGGAGAAGUUGGCUUAAGAAGCCUUUUGAGGGUGGAUGCCCAUGCCCUUGCUCCUGUGCCCAGGGGCAGUGGGGAGGGCUGAGAGGGAGGGGGCUCUUGGCUCCAGUGUUUCAGAUCCAGUGACUUUCUCAGAAACUACCCACUUAUCAGAAAAGUCCCUGACAAGCAAGAAUGGACUGUUACCCACAUUGUUUCCUUUGGCUUUUGAAGUAUUUCAAAGGUUUUAACCUUAGAAAGACAUUAAAGUAGGUUUCAGGUGCCAAUUUUAGAAAAUCAUAUCCCAUAUUACUUUUUAAGGCUUUUACUGGAAGUCAAGGAGAGUUGUGAUUUUAUUCUUGCAUUUUAUUGAUCAUGUGUUGAAUGAAACAAACUGCUUUUUAGUGCCGUUCCAGUGGAAUUGUUGUCGACAGCAGGUGGGGAAAAAUGAUUGUGGUCUCUAUGCCCUAAGACUUUAUCAGACAUUAUAACACACUAACAGCCAAUGACAUGCUUUCUGUGACAUCAUUAAAAGCAUAAGCAUUACAUAAAAAAUGUUCAGGUAAAUAUUGAGGAGGGUAUGCAAUGAGGGAGCUGGGAAUAUGGUAGAUAAAAUGAUUGAACAGAAGACUCAAAGAAAGACGUGGACCUAUUAAACUGAUUCAGAUUUUACCCAGGGCCAAAAAUACUUCACAGUGUAAUUGCAGGGUUAAGAACAGAGGUAACAGAAGGGGCCAUAUACUGCAGUCAGCGUCAGGAGAGACCUUAUCUCUCUUCCCUCCUGGGUCCCUGACUUACCGCUUCCCUUUCUCGUGGUGCCAACUCUGCCCCCAGAUGACCCCAAACUCUCUCUUCCUUCCCUGGACCUCUGGGGAGGAAUGGGUGUCUCCUACCAGACACCAUGACCCAAUAAUGCCCCUUCAUUUUUAUUCUAGAUUUAGUUUCCUGUUUCUUUUAUAUCUUGCUCUCCAGCAAUAGUUUGAGAAGAAAACGAGCACUUUGCUAAUAUUGUCAAAUUAGGGUGAGAUUGGUGGCAGUUUAGGUGUUACUUUUCCCAAAGCAUGUGUACCUUUUAAUAAAGGUACCUGCAGAGGAAUCACAGUGCAUGGGGGUGGGGGCAGGUUUGAGGUCAGACCUUCUGAGAAUUCUCAAGUCAAAUCUUUCUAAAGAACUCUGGACUUCUCCACUCCAGAUGACAGUCCUCGCUGUGCUAGAAAAUGGCAUAAUGCACUUUUAUGUUACAUUCAUGGAUUAAUUUUUUACAUACUGUUCAAGACUCCAGUAAUUUUCACCCUUAAAGGUAAGCCCACAAAGCUAGUCACCAGUGUUCCCCUAAAAAUGGCCACUCUUGCUGAUGAGCAGCUCAGAGUGAAAAGUCGGCUUUUCCCAGAGGUGAUCAUUGGUGUGUGGCCUUGCUCAUUGUGCUUCUAUUAGGCCUUUUCCCAAGACUAGGAAGCCUUCCUCUGAGCAUAUUUUUAGCAAAGUUAGUAUAGAGUUCGACUUUAUCAGUUCCACCUCCACAAAGAUGUGUGAAAUAAAGAUUUUUCACUUAUCAGAUACCAAACAGGUUGUUGGAAAAAUUGGGGCAAACGAAAAAGGUGUAUAUUUAUUAAAUCAGGAUUUUAAAAAAACAUUGUUAUGCUAUCUAAAUGCCACAGUGUAUCAAUUGACUCUUCUUGCUUUAAAGGUUGAAUUACUAAAUACAGACAUGACAUGUUGCUCACGAAACUGAGUUACCAUAUUUAUAUGUUGACAUAACAUUACUUAACUGUAAGCUAAAUAUCUUUUUACCCUUUCAUCCUUUAUUAGUAGCUACUGAAUUAGACACAUUUUGAAAAUUAUCAUUCUCCAAGAACUGUGCACCAAAGGCUAAAAGCAAAUAAAAUAUAAAUAGAGAGAGUUUGUUUUUAUAGAAAUUUGCAUUUGUGCUGCUGGUUUGUGUAACAAAGUGCAUUACUGAAUCCAUACACCAGUGUCAGGCACAUAACUGACACUCACAGAAUAAGACUGGUUACAUAAUUGCCUAUGGACUGUUGAAGAUCUUUAAGUUAGCAAAAUUAGAUUCACUCUUACAAGUAAAGCCUAAUAGAGGAUAUAAAAUGUUCACUAGGAAUAAAUGCCCUGUCAUGGUCACAAUGGGACUGAUGCAUACUAAAGGCUAUAGUGUCCACAGUCUAUUUACAAAGGGUGUACUCUCUCUUAUGGUUGUUAAUGUGCAUCUAGUAAUUGAUUUAGAUAAUGGAAACAUAGAAUGAGACUUAAGAUUGUUUAGUAGCCUAAUAAUUGUCACACUUUAGAUACAGAUAUUAUGGCUCCCAUGCCUAUGAUUGUUUUUUAAGAUAAGCGAGGCAGAGUGUGGCCCAACUUCUAGAGUAAAACAAACAAACAAACAAACCUCAGUAUUUCACCUGUCAGUUAGUAAAUGAAGGUGCUGCACUUCUUUAAAUUAGAAGUACAGUCCAACAGUUUAGUUUAUUGCCUAUGUGACCUACUCUGAACCUAGCCCAUUGGCCCCAAAACAAGCUCUGGGAGAUGCCAUCUUCGGUGGAGUUUGCUUAGACGCUACCUGCGGUGCCCAAGCGCAGUUGCACGUGGACAACAGAAGCCUCCAUCAUUCCCCACUCCCACACGGCUCCAGCUCACCACAGGGAGAGCUGGAUUCUCUCAAGUCAAUGUCAAUUCUUGGUUCUUUCUUACAACUGAACAAAGGGAGCCAAAAAAAAAAAAAAAAGGAAUUUAGCGACCUUGGAAAAACAUUUGCAUGAAUGUUCUUCACAAGGGAAUAUAAAGUUGAGUAAAUUUGUGGCAUUUACUGAGAAAAGGGUAUUUUUUCCAAAUUCUUCUAUUCCUGUGGGUGAAAAUAAAAAAUAUAUUUGUGAAACUUUCAAUGCCAAAAUUCUUCUUCAAUUUUCCUUUUAUUGCUGUUCAUACUAUUAGUUUCACUGCAGUGACAAGGUAUACAUUUUAACCAGGAUAAUGCUAUGUAAUGUGAAUAAAGUUUAUGAAAAAAUGAUAAUCCAGGCAAUGUAUUUUUUCCCUCAAUAGUAGAAGAUAGGCAUACUUAAGGUCCUUUGUUGCAAAGCUCAAUACACUGAAAAAUGUGCUUUGAGCCCUCAGCUGGAGAGAGAAAAGAAAAGGGUAGAAUAGUAUCGCCUCUCCACAGUACUUUAGUUUCU